AUGUCUUGGUACCAAAAGAACUUUUCGCUGCCCGCAAAAUCGCGCGGGUCCUACCUCAUCACGGACACCAUCGUACGCGAACUGCCCGCGAUCAAAGACUACAAGGUCGGCCUGCUGCACCUCUUUAUCCAGCACACCAGCUGUGCUCUCAGCCUCAACGAGAACUGGGAUUCGGACGUGCGGGCCGACAUGAGUGACGCGCUCGACCGCAUUGCACCUGAGCAAGGGCCCAAGGGCGAGGCGCUGUACCGGCACGACGCCGAGGGCCUUGACGACAUGCCAGCGCACAUCAAGAGUGCGCUGGUGGGCGCAAGCGUGACGAUUCCGAUUUCCAACGGCCAGCUGGUAGGUCUCGUUUCCGUGCCGCCAUUCCGUUUUGUAACGGCCACCGGUACAUGGCAGGGCAUCUGGUAUCUGGAGUUCCGGGCGCACAAGCAAACGCGGCACAUUGUGGCGACGAUCCAAGGCGAGAAGGCAUGA